AUAACACUGCCUGGCUCCUGGUUCCUGUAGUAGACGGCAGAGCUUCACGUCUCUAAGACUUCACCAUACCUUCCCUGCUCCUUUAGAGCAAUGACAUGGCUGCCUGAAUUCGUCGUUGCCCUUCUCUCAGGAGAAAAAAAAAUGAAAUUUGAACUGACUGAGCAUGCCCAGUGUUAGCUUUAGCUAGCUCGGCCGACAGAGGGAGCCUGUAGGUCACAUGAUCAACAAGCCGGUUGAAUGCUUGCAUGCGGGAGGAGAAGAGAAAACAGGAGCAGUCUGCUCGAAGCUCUUUCUCCCUCAACAGAGGCCAUCGUUGUGAAAGCAGCCCUCCAGUUUGGCCAAUGGGAAUUCAGGCAAGAGGGAAACCAUGAAGUCCGAGGGGACAAAAGAGUCUCGCAGUGAUCAAGAAGAAGGAGGAGAUGAUGAUCACCAGGAUGGGCGAACAGGCCCUCUUAGAGAGGCCAUUGAGCAGAAUGGGACCUAUGAAAAUAUGGACACAAAGAGAAAUGAACAGAACCUCUCUACACAAGGGUCACCAGCACGACCCUCAACCAUGGAGAAUGGGCUAUCAGAAACUGAGCCACCGCAUGGCUCAAAAGUAGGCAGUAAUGGAUAUAUUCUAAGCAAAGUAAAGGAAGAUACAGUGUCAGCCCCUCACAGGACUAACUGGUCCCCCACUGGGGGUACCACAUUGGGGCAUGGGACUAAAAGCUCACCGCCUUCAGUGUUGCAAUCUCUAGACCAGGGUUCUUCAAACAGUGGUGCAAGCCAAGGACCAAGUCUAACAGAGAGACGAGCAGAAACAGAGACUAAAAAUGGCAUCAUUUCAAAAACACCCCCACCAACAGUACAUCGUGCACGUAAAACUAUGUCAAGGCCGGCCUCAAACCAGACACUAAAGCUUUUGAACAGGGAAAAUAAAGAGCCAGUCGUGGUAAAAGAUGACAGUGCAGGCAAACCAGAGGCAGUGCAGCCUCAGCCAUCUCUAAUCCAGAAUCAGCUACCUCAAAGCCAAACUGACGCCACAUCUGUACCGAACACCACACCUGCCAAGCCACAAAUAGAAUUCUCUCUUUAUGCAUCGACAGUUGAACCCAGACCUGUCUCUCCCUCAGUAGCAGCCGUAUCAAGGAAGAAAAAAAGAAAGAUGGGAACAUAUAGUCUUGUACCCAAGAAGAAAAACAAAGUCUUGAAACAACGCACAGUUCUGGAGAUGUUUCAGCAGAUAUCCCAGUCUCCACCCAACCCUAAGCCAAAGGAGAUUGUGCGUGUGAAUGGAGAGAAAAUGGAUAAUGAGUCUGAUGAGGAGGAGUCAGAGGAAGGGGAAGACACAGAGGAUGAAGAAGAGCUAGUCACAGAAGAUGGAGCCAAAGCUUCACAUGAGGAACCUAGGAUACCUUCGAUCUCACAGCCCCUGGAAGAAGAGUCUGAGGAGUCUCAAGACUGUGAAGGUGAAGAGGAAGGGGAUGAAUCAGACUUGAGUUCAGAAUCCAGUUUGAAAAAGAAAUGGAAAAAGAAAGCCAAAGGAGAUCAUGCCUGGCUCCGACCGUCAAGGAAACGCAAGAGGAAAUGGAAAGCAAAAACGGACAAGGUUUCUGCUCCAGUAACGGAGAUCCAGUCUCGGCCAGAAAGCCAGAGCGCCCCAUCAGUCCCUACUGCUCACAGAAAGGAGUAUAAAGAAGUCCCUCUAGACUCUCUCAAUCUAGCAGCACAGGAAGCCUUAUUGACAUCUCAAAAUACAGCUGCUUCAGGGUCAUUGCAGAGCACAGAUGCAGACAUGGUGCAGGAACUGCCUCUAUGCAGCUGUCGAAUGGAGACACCCAAGAGUCGAGAGAUCCUCACGCUUGCGGACAGGAAGUGUAUGGCAACUGAGAGCAUUGACGGCCAGCUGAGCCGUUGUCAGAGUGCAGUGCUGAAGCACGAGAUGAUGAGGCCUUCAAAUUCUGUCCAACUGCUGGUUCUGUGUGAGGACCAUCGCACAGGCAUGGUCAAGCAUCAGUGCUGCCCUGGCUGUGGCUUCUUUUGCAGAGCCGGUACCUUCAUGGAGUGUCAGCCAGAGGUGAACAUCUCCCACCGCUUCCAUCGGACCUGUGCCUCGGUACUUAAUGGGCAGAGCUUUUGUCCACAUUGUGGAGAGGAAGUCAGCAAGGCGAAAGAGGUCACCAUUGCCAAGGCAGAUACAACGUCAACUGUACCCAUCACCCAUAGCUCCUGCAUACCCAGCACCUCAGAGGGCAAAGCGGACACUACCACUGGAGGGUCCACUCGGCUCUCUGUACUUGGAGAGGGAAAAGCAAACAGCACCUUACCCAAACCUUCAGAAUCACAGGACACAUCUUUGUCCCUUGUGGGUUCCAAAGCCAGGUCUGUAGCGAUGGCAGCUGCACCUGGACUUCCACUUCCACCAGGACCACCUAAAGAAACUCUGCAAAGUGUCCUGCUGGCUCUAGAUGCUGAAAAGCCCAAGAAGCUUCGGUUUCACCCAAAACAAUUGUACAUUUCUGCCAAACAAGGGGAGCUGCAGAAGGUCCUACUAAUGUUGGUGGAUGGGAUUGAUCCCAACUUCAAAAUGGAGAGCCAGAACAAACGGACGCCACUCCAUGUUGCUGCAGAAGCAGGUCAUCAGGAUGUCUGCCAUAUGCUGGUACAGGCUGGUGCCAACCUUGACAUGUGUGAUGAGGACCAGCGGACGCCUCUGAUGGAGGCCUGUGAGAACAACCAUCUCGAAACUGUGCGAUAUCUUCUGCGGGCCGGAGCCAUCGUCUCUCACAAGGAUGUUGAAGGAUCAACUUGUCUCCAUCUUGCUGCUAAGAACGGGCAUUUCAGCAUUGUACAACAUCUGCUCUCUGCAGGCCUUGUUGAUAUUAACUGCCAGGAUGAUGGAGGUUGGACAGCCAUGAUUUGGGCCACAGAGUACAAACAUGUGGACCAAGUGAAACUCUUGCUCUCCAAAGGGGCUGAUAUCAAUAUACGAGACAAGGAGGAGAAUAUCUGUCUGCAUUGGGCCGCUUUCUCUGGCUGCGUGGAAAUAGCCGAGAUCUUUCUGACUGCCAAGUGUGAUCUCAACACCAUGAACAUCCACGGAGACUCGCCGUUGCACAUAGCGUCGCGAGAGGGCCGGCUUGACUGUGUAAACUUGUUUUUGUCUCGUGGUGCUGAUGUAAACCUUAAAAACAAAGAAGGAGAGACGCCCAUGGAGUGCUGCAGCCAUAGCUCGAAGGUCUGGAAUGCUCUUCAAGCCAACAAAAAGCAGAGAGAAGCAAACCGCAAAGCUGGCGCCACAGAGAAGCUUCUCAACAAGGACAUCGCUAGAGGUUACGAAAAAGUCCCCGUCCCGUGCGUAAAUGCAGUGGACAGCGAACCCUGUCCUGACAACUACAAGUAUGUCCCUGAUAGCUGUGUGACGUCCCCUCUGAACAUUGACAAAAAUAUCACUCACUUGCAGUACUGUGUCUGUAAAGACGAUUGCUCUUCUGCAAGCUGCAUGUGUGGCCAACUAAGCCUGAGAUGCUGGUAUGAUAAAGAGAGUCGUCUGCUGCCUGAGUUCAGUAAUGAGGAGCCGCCUCUUAUAUUUGAGUGCAACCAUGCCUGCUCCUGCUGGAGAACCUGCAAAAACCGUGUGGUACAGAACGGACUGAGGACAAGACUGCAGUUGUUCAAGACACAGAUGAUGGGAUGGGGUGUCAAGACAUUACAGGAUAUCCCUCAAGGAACAUUUGUUUGCGAAUACGUGGGUGAGAUCAUCUCUGACGCCGAAGCAGAUGUCAGAGAGAAUGACUCCUAUCUUUUCAGUCUGGACAGCAAGGUGGGUGACAUGUACUGCGUUGAUGCUCGUUUCUACGGGAACAUCAGCCGGUUCAUAAACCAUCACUGUGAGCCCAAUCUGCUCCCCUGUCGGGUGUUCACCUCUCACCAGGACCUCCGAUUUCCUCACAUCGCAUUCUUCGCCUGCAAGAACAUCAGUGCCGGAGAUGAACUUGGGUUUGACUAUGGCGAUCACUUCUGGGACGUAAAGGGGAAGCUGUUCAACUGCAAGUGUGGCUCAUCCAAAUGCAAGCACUCUGCAGCUGCCAUCGCCCAGACACAGGCAGACAGUACACCAGGUGACCAGCAGCCCAGCGCCCUACCCGAUACCAGCUCAUCCACCCCAUCCAGCCCCAGCUAAGCCUUCUCACAACCAUGUUUGUCACCUUUGCCAGCCUGCACCUCCCUUCACCAGCACGGGCACAUCUCUGCCAUCUCUGGGUAGCCACUUGAUGCUACACCCACAGUGCCACAUUUCGCUCUGGUGGUCCGAAAGCCUAUUGUUUGGUAUGGUUUAGGGGUUUCAAAUCUUGAAGGUGAGAGGUGCACGAUUGGACUGGUGUUUGGAGUGUUCUGAAUGCACAUUUUGUAUGGAUUUUUUUGUUUUUUAUUGUCAGCCUGCCCAUUUUGGACCACGAUGCAUCUUGUAAAGAGGAUUUUUGUUUUUUUCUUCUUAAGAAUGAGGCUGUUUGAGCCAAUUAAGAGACUGUGUGGCACUUGACGUAAUUUCGUCGCACAAUUCAGACGUCACAAUGUGUUCUCCUGCCCUCAAACCGUGUUCUCAGUCAUUCUCAUAAACGAUUUUAUAAACAGUUGAGGUGAACGAAAGCUCAAAAAACUCCCAAACGAGUUUGGACAUAAUGAUUUAACUCUUGACGCAUCUUUGUUUUAUGUUUAGUCUGUUCUUAGUUUUUGUGCAUUUGCAUAAAAUUGUAAUUUUCAAAGACCAAAUUUUCCCCCUUACAGUUUUUUCUGGUUCUUUCAGUAGGCUGAGGCUAGCAAUCAUGGGAUUUUAGCGCGAACGUUGUGCGCUUCCUCCUUUGAUUGGUUCACAGACGCAGGACGUCAUGCCAGAGCUACCGAAAUCAUGAAAUGGCCUCUGAAUGGGACACUUUUUGGCCUAUUUCUUCCUGGUAAAAGCCCGGUUCUUGAGUAAAAAUGCGCUUUAAUGGUGAAUCGCCACUGGAAGUGCAAAGCAAUCCUGGACUAGGCUUAAUCUGUGUGUGAAAACAAGCCCUAUGGGUUAUUUCCUGCAUGUUACAGGCCUGGAUACACAUGGCUUCUGUUUAAUGCAAAUGAUGUGCAUCCCCCAUCAAUGCAAAUGAAAACUGUCAAAUAUUUUCUGUGCGUACUUUCGAUCACAGCGACGGAGCCUAUUAGCAUGCUUUUAUGAAACGUGCUUUAGGAAUAGGACUGGAAUGAAAUGCGGUCGGUGUAGGAAAACGCAAAUGGUGCUGAAAAAAAAGGUUUUUGUUUAUUUUUUUAUUACUCACUAAGUGAAUACAAGUUGUAAAAUAUGAAGAUGCUUUUUUUUCGUUUUUCAUUUGUAUUUUUAAAUUGACCUCUGAUUUUUUUUUUCUAACUGUAGUUUUGACAUAUUUAGCUUGUACCAGUUUUGUUCCAUGAGUCCAUGUUGAUGGUGAAACUAUUACGGUCUUUUAAAUGUUGAUAGUGUAGUCAUGUUCUUCGUGCAAACCCAGACAUAGAGAUACAAUACACUGCAAAAUGAAAGGGGAGGAAAAAGAAAAAAAAACUGUAACAUAUUUCUUGACAGUGAAACAUGAUGCACAAUCUUACUGAUUGUGUUUUUCUUUUUCAAUAAAUUUGCUACUAAUAAAAGA